GGCCCUCCCCCGGCCUCCCGACGGCCGCCGCAGCCAGCCCCGCGCCCUCUCCACCCUGCGCGGCAUCUCGGACGUCCGGAAUCCCGGCCCCAGCCCGAGGUCUGAAGAAGCGUCCCAGACGGGUAUCCUAGGAAUAAGUGGUUCCCGGCGUCCAUCACACACAGUGGUAUCAUGUAGGUCUCUCGUCCCUGGCGUCGUCUUUGAGCCUAGGCGAGUUCGCACCCAGAGCCUGCCCAGCCUCACUAUGAGCCACGGUCCCAGCCCGCGGCUGGCCGAGUCACCACAGCUAUCCAAGAGCAGCCUGCUUACUAUCCUGGGCAGCCCGUCCCCUGAUCGCAUGGGCCCGGCCGACUCGAUGCCACCCACACCGCCCAGCGGCACGCCGUCACCAGGGCCGCCCCCCACUCUACCCCUGCCCGCGCCCGCGCUGCUGGCUGAUGGCGACUGGGAGAGCCGCGAGGAGCUGCGGCUGCGGGAGCUGGAAGAGGCGCGCGCGCGAGCCGCGCAAAUGGAGAAAACAAUGCGCUGGUGGUCCGACUGCACUGCGAACUGGCGCGAGAAGUGGAGCAAGGUGCGCGCCGAGCGCAACCGUGCGCGCGAGGAGGUGCGCCAGCUGCGCCAGCGCCUGGACACACUCACCAAGGAGUUGGCGGGCGCGCGCCGCGAGCGCCAGGAGGCUCAGGGCGAGUGCGAGGCGCGCGGACGCGAGCUGGCUCGGCUGCGGGGAGCUUGUGGCACGGUGGACAAGACACACGAUGGCCCGGAGCCUGAGCGCGAGCAUGAGCCUGUACGCGACAUCGGGGCGGAGAGGCCGCCUGGCAGCCAGGAGCUGGACCUGGUAGAGAGCCUGCUGAAGAGCAGACCAGAGGAGCCUGAGGGCUGUUGGGAUGCCUGCAGUGUGGCAGCUGCGGGCUCUCGAGCCAGCUCAGGCCGCCAGGACCGCAACCGCCUGCCCUGGGAGGACACAGCCAGUACAGAGGAGGAUGCCUCCAAGUUGACUGCCCUGCGGCUACGGUUGGAUGAAUCCCAGAAGGUGCUACUCAAGGAACGAGAGGAUAAACUGGCCCUGAGCAGGAGCAUCGAGAAGCUGGAGGGAGAGCUUAGCCAGUGGAAGAUAAAGUACGAGGAGCUGAGCAAGACCAAGCAGGAGAUGCUCAAGCAGCUCAGCAUCCUAAAGGAAACACACCAGGAUGAAUUGGGCCGCAUGUCUGAAGACCUGGAGGAUGAGCUGGGCGCACGCUCCAGCAUGGAUCGAAAGAUGGCUGAGCUGAGGGGUGAGAUGGAAAGGCUUCAGGCAGAGAAUGCAGCUGAGUGGGGUCGCAGAGAGAGGCUGGAGACAGAGAAGCUGGGCCUGGAGAGGGAGAACAAGAAGCUACGUGCGCAGGUUGGAGACCUGGAGGAGGCCCUGGCUCGUAGACGGCGGCAGAAUGCCAGCGCCCUGGACUGUGACCUGAGGGCCAGCCAGGCCGCUCUCUUUGAGAAGAACAAGGAGCUGGCAGAUCUGAAGCACUUGCAUGGCAAGCUCAAGAAGCAGUUUCAGGAGAAGGUGGCGGAGCUGGCACACGCCAAUCGGCGCGUGGAACAGCACGAGACAGAAGUAAAGAAGCUGCGGCUGCGGGUGGAAGAGCUCAAGAAAGAGCUGGCCCAGGCCGAGGACGAGCUGGAUGAGGCCCACAACCAGGCACGGAAGCUGCAGCGGUCACUGGACGAGCAGACAGAGCAGAGCGAGAACCUCCAGGUGCAGCUGGAGCACCUGCAGUCCAGGCUCCGCAGGCAGCAGCAAAAUGCCCCCCUUUUUGGGAAGAUCCGUAGUACCCGAUUUGGCACCGAGGAAGCCGGAGAUGGAGCCAGCGAUCUAGAUGAGGAUGAGGACCUGCAAAUCCAGGUGGCCUAGAACAUCUGGGGCAGAACAGGACUGGCCUGAAGCCACGGGUGCCCAGCUGAACAUCCACUCAAAGCAAAUUGUGCAGCUCUCCAUGCUCUCUGCACUCCCUUGGGACCCAUCCCCCUGUUGUGGACCACUUCCUCCUCUCCCAGGAAGGCUGCCGUCUCCCCUACUCACACCCCAUUGAUGGGGAGCCUGUUGGAUAUGUAUAUUGUAUAUAUGCCCAGGGUUGCUUGGACCCAUUCGAUUUUAUAAACACGGGACCCAGUUCUUAAGACCUCAUCUGCAUAGGACUCCAUGCAGGGAUGGAACGUGUCAAGGGAGGCUUGGUGGUCUGGUGACUUUCAUAAUAAAUGGAGUUCAAACUCUCAGGGCAGAGUCUUGGAAUUGCAGGAGACUUGAGAAGGAGGCAUGGUGGGUCACCUGCACCUAACAUUGAACUGGAGCCCAGGGUUGUUGAGUGAAUGAAUGAGUACCUGAGUGGCUAAGG